GUAGGUGCAUAUCAUUAUUCGACAUGAUAUAUACAGUGGUCCCUCCUACCUGACACAGUCUGGAGUGAGGCGGCGGCUCGAAGUCUCGUCGGCAGUUCACGGCCCAGAUCCUCCUGCGCUCCGCAUCCUUCGGGAACCUGAACAGCUGCUUCCCUAUGGUGGUGGAGUUGGAACAGUUCGGAGCCGAGCAGCCGCCCAUGGUGGAGCCAGAUCCAGGUCCAAUGCUCUGGGUCUGCUCAAUACAGAGCCAGAACCAGGUCCAAGGCUCUGAGUCUGCUCAAAACAGAACCAGGUCCAAGGCGCUGGUCAAUACAGAGCCAGAUCCAGGUCCAAGGCUCUAGUCAAUACAGAGCCAGAACCAGGUAAGGCCCUGGGCUGGUCAACACAGAGCCAGAACCAGGUAAGGCUCUGGGUCUGGUCAACACAGCUGGGCUCAGUCUCUGAGCCAGUGUGUCAAGUUACUUUCAAGGGAUAACAAGACGCACUAUGUUGAUGGCGUGAAAUGCCAGCUUCGCUUAAACAAACGUCCUUGAGUUAACAUAUUUUAAAAGUUGUUAAAAGCCUGUCGUUUGAGAUUAUUAGGGAGGAAAAGAUAUGCUACUGACUUUGUUUGAGCCAAAAUGGCGCACUCGUCCUCGACGGUUGGUUCUUAGUGACGUAGGGCAUAUGAAUCGUCCAUGUAAGCGCCUGUGUCAAAACUGUAUUUCAAAAAUAGAGAAAUAUAUGACUAUUGUUAAUAUGAAUAAAAAAAAGAAUGUAUAUAUUUAUUCUAAGAAAGAAUUUAUGAAUUCAUAGUUAACAAAUACAUGAUUCAGCCUAUACAUAGUUAUUUAACGUUUAGGAUUUAUGCCAGCUGCUUUUGGUUUCUAGCCACAGGACCCCGGAAAGCACGCUGCAGUGUUUACAGUUGCAUGCUGCACUGUUAGGAUUGAAGAUAAGUAAGAAAUGAAGGCUAUUAUUAAGAUAAUUACAUUUAUGAGUCUUCAGCCGGCCACCGAUAUCUUAUGACUCUAUACCAUAGAGAUCAUCACUGACCAACUCGUUUUUAAUUUUACUUUAGAAUUAGCAGCAAAGAGUUCCAAGGGCACCCAUGGCGUCCUCGAUGGUAGUUCCAGUCAUCGAUGUUCAGAAUGAUAAUUUUAAAGAGCUGUGGCCUGCUAUGGUGCUCGCCAUCAAAACAUCUUCCUUCAUCGCCAUCGAUACAGAGCUGAGUGGUCUAGGAAACAGAAAAGCACUGCUGGCCGAAAGCAUCGAGGACCGCUACAAGGCCAUAUGUCACGCGGCCCGCUCUCGAUCCAUCCUCUCCCUGGGUAUCGCCUGCUACAAGAAGCUCGACAGCAAGCCCGCAGACUCGUACCUGGUGCAGGUGUACAACCUGACGCUACUCUGCUCGGAGGAGUACAUGAUCGAACCCCAGUCGGUCCGCUUCCUGGUGCAGCACGGCUUUGACUUCAACAAGCAGUACGCCCAGGGAGUCCCCUACUGCAAGGGCAAUAACAAGGGCGGGGCAGACAACCACGGGGUCAGCGUGAGGUCGUUGUUUACUGAGCUGCUCCGAGCCAGGAGACCCCUGGUGCUCCACAAUGGACUCAUAGACAUGGCCUUCCUCUACCAGUGCUUCUACUCCCACCUCCCCGACCGUCUCACCACCUUCACGGCUGACCUGUCUGAGAUGUUCCCCGCCGGCAUCUACGACACCAAAUACGCCUCAGAGUUUGAGCUGCGCCAAACCGCCUCCUAUCUGGAGUACGCCUACAAGAAGUGUAAACUGGACAACAGCCGGGGUGUGGAGGCUGGGGGCCCGGGGCCCCAUCUGCUGAUAGAGUUCUGUCAUUACGGCGGCCACAUGUCCAGCUAUGUGGACUACAGAGUGUGUCCUGCCGUGGCCCCGUCCCCCGGACAGCAGGAGGUCUGCCAGCGCUUCUCUGCGUUCGGCUGGUGCCCCGCCGGGAGCGAAUGCACCUCCUCCCACGACACGGACCUGAUCAUCCUGCAGGACGAGAAGCUGGGGAUGGACAAGAAGUCCAAGAGGAAGAGGAAGAGGGACAGGAGGGACAAGAGGAAGGGAGGAGCAGAAGGAGGAGGUGCAGAGGAGGAGCGAAAGGAGGAGGAGGAGGAGGAGGAGGACGAGGAGCUGAGGGCGAGCAAGAUCGCCCACUUGGAACUGGACCCGGCCGACAGACCCUCUCAGGACGGGUCCAUCGGGGACCCGGUAGCACGCACGGAGCCCCCUCCUGCGGAACUCACCGGAAACGGCUCGUGUGCGCUCCCUGACGACAUCACAGACAAGGGCACGCCCGCCGUCGCCGAGCUGAAGAAAGAGAGUGUUACUGACGAUGAGGCGAAGGCGGCGGCGGCGGCGGAGGCCAGCAGGAAGAGACUGGAGGGGGGCACGCACCGCGCCGGGUUCGACGCCUUCAUGACGGCCUACAUCUUCGCCUACGCCUGCGCCCUGGACGCCAGAGAGGACGGGAAGAAGAAGAAGAAGACGGAGGAGGAGAAGGACCGGGUUCUGCCCACCUGCUACAACAAGGUGUAUCUGAGCGGGAAGGCCGCGCCCCUCCACAUCGUGAAGAGCUCCUUCUCCAAGUCGUCCAAGGCCCACACCCUGAAGAUGGAGCUGGUGUGGGGCAAGAGCCUGGCCAGCACCCUGCUGGAGGCCGGGCCGCAGCAGCAGAAGGACGGGGAGUAGCUGUGGGUCACACCAGAGACGGCUUGGGUUGAGAGGAGCCUUUCUGCUUCAGCGGGGAGGAUGGUAGGGUCAACACAGGUGUGUUGAUCAUAUAAAUGAAUGGGAUUUAGGACCAAUCCCAUUUCUACCCCUUCCCCCUCCCCCUUGUUUUUAAGGGGGAAGGGGUAAGGGGUAGAAAUGGGAUUGGGCCUAAGGCCCAAUCCCAUUUCUACCUCUUACGCCUUCCACUUACGCCCUUCCCCUUACCCCAUCAAAACAAGGGGUACGGGUAAGGGGUAGAAAAGGGAUUAGACCUUAAUGUUUGGUCUGUUCAUUUAGGGGUCUGCUCCUUUGUUCUCUUGGGAGUGAUGCACCGGUCGACGGUAGCAGAACCUGUACAGGGCGUUUUGUAUCAGUCUUUGCUACGAGAAUCUAAAAGCCGAUUAGACCGCUACACAAUUCUUUCCAGUCUGAUUUUUUGUGUUUGAAAUCUCCAAUGUUUUGUAUCUUAAUAUUUAGUGCGGCAACUUCAUAUUGCCGUUUCCUGUUAUUUUAUUUAGGAGAGAGUAAUUACAUUACAGAUUUUCUCUGCAUCAGGUUUAUCAUUUCAGAGAACAUUCUUUACAUGCUAAGCCUUUUUUAAUGUCAACAGGAAACAUCACGAUAUAAAUGUUAUUCAACCUCAUUUUGGUCUUUUGCCUCAGUUUGUCCAAAUGAUGGACUUAAAUAAUAAACAGUCUGCCCUUUGUUGUUCUAAGUCCUCGUCACGCUUUAAUAACUGCUGAAACAUGAUUGUGGACAAUG